CUACUAACUACUAGUCUACUACACUGACCUGAAACAGCAACAAAACCCCUAACGCCUAAACCCUGAAACAGGCCCUCUCUUCCCUCCUUCCCUCAGCUGCAUUCGCCAGCCAAAUCGCCAUGGCGAAGACUCAGAAUAAAGCUCACAAGAAUGGGUGCCAGAAGAAGAAGAGCAACAAGAGUAAAAGGAACGGUCCAACUGCGGUCGCCAUGAAACAGAAGGCUCCGGCGGCGGACAAUCCUUUCGAGACGAUUUGGUCCCUCCGCAAAUUCGACAUCCUCGGCCGGAAGCGCAAGGGCGAAGAGCGCCGAGUCGGCCUCUCCCGCUCCAAGGCCAUCGACAAGAGGAAGAAGACGCUAUUGAAGGAUUACGAGCGGAGCACCAAGUCGUCUGUGUUCGUCGACAACCGGAUUGGGGAGGACAACGAUGAUCUUGGCGAGUUUGACAAAGCUGUUAUUCGAUCUCAGAGGGAGCAUAAGAUGAAAUUUGGGAAGAAGAGUAAGUACAACUUGUCAGAUGGAGAGGAGGAUGAUUUUGGCACUUCAGCUCUUGGCUCGUUUGGGGAAAGGGAUGAUUAUGAGGAUGAAAUGCCAUUUGAUGUUGAAGAUGAUUAUGGAGAACAAGAUGGAUCAAAAAAGAAGUCAGGCAUCUUAAGGCAUCUGAAUGCUCCAAAUGUGGGAGAGGAUGGUACUAAAGAAGCAGAAGAAAAUAUACAUAAAUCCAAAAAGGAGGUAAUGAACGAGAUUAUUAUGAAGAGCAAACAUUUUAAGGCCGAAAAGGCGAAAGAGAAGGAAGAGAAUGAAAAGCUUAUGGAAGAAUUGGAUAAGAAGUUCACAUCUUUAGAGCAGUCCAAGGUCCUGGCAUCUUUGAUUGAGCCUGGGAAGAUGAGUGCUUUGAAAGCUGCAGUGAAUAAGAACAUUCCAAAGGACGAAGACACAAACAAUAAGUUGACGGCUAAGAAACCGGAAAUUUCAAGUCAGGAAGAACCUGAUUAUUAUGAUAAGCUUUUCUCUGAGAUGGUGUUUGAUAUUCGUGCUCGCCCAUCAGACAGGACUAAGACACCAGAAGAGAUUGCCCAGGAUGAGAGAGAGCGGCUUGAACGAUUAGAGGAGGAGAGGCAGAAAAGAAUGUCCGCAGUUGAAGAUUCCAGUGAUGAAGACAAUGGUGAGGCUGAAAGACCCUCAAACCAGAGACGCCAAUCAGCAUCCGGCGAUGAUCUUGGUGAUUCAUUUUCUGCCGAAGAGCCUGGAACUAGAAAAGGAUGGGUUGAUGAGAUCAUUGAAAGAGAGGAAGCUGAAGAAUCAGGGGAUGAAGAGGAUGACUCUUCUGAGGCGGAGAGUGGGGAAGAAGAAGAUGAUGAUCAUGAAAGAUCGGAGGAACAAAGUGAUGAGGAAGAUAAUGCACGCGACAAGGCCCAGUCUCUGAAGGAUUGGGAACAGAGUGAUGAUGAGAAUCUCGAUACAGAUUUGGAUGAUGAUGAUGAUGAAGAGAAAAUCGAUGAUGCAAAGGAACUUACCGAGCCAAUUGGCCAGAAAAGGUCAAAGAAAAAUGCUGUGACUGUGGCUGCCAAAGUUAAUGAUGAAACUCAGAAUGCUAAGAAAAUCAAAAUAACCAGUGAACAAGACCUUCCAUUCUUGAUUGAAGCCCCCAAGAGCAUCGAAGAACUGUGUGCCUUGGUGGACAAACGUUCUAAUAAUGACAUCAUUGUUGUAGUCAAUCGAAUUCGAGCAAGCAAUGCAAUAAAGCUCGCUGCAGAAAACAGGAAGAAAAUGCAGGUAUUCUAUGGUGUGCUGUUGCAGUACUUCGCAGUUCUAGCCAAUAAAAAGCCUUUGAACUUCGAGUUGUUGAAUUUGCUUGUCAAGCCCCUAAUGGAGAUGAGCUCAGAGAUUCCCUAUUUCUCUGCAAUCUGUGCUCGUCAGCGUAUUUUGAAAACUAGAUUGCAGUUUUGUGAGUCGAUAAAGACUCAAGAAGGGAGUUGUUGGCCAUCUUUGAAAACAUUGUCACUGUUGAGGUUGUGGUCCAUGAUUUUUCCAUGCUCAGACUUCCGUCAUGUCGUCAUGACCCCAGCAAUUUUGCUCAUGUGUGAAUAUUUGAUGCGUUGCCCCAUCUCAUCUGGUCGUGAUAUUGCUGUUGGCUCUUUCUUAUGCUCCAUGGUUCUCUCUAUCACUCGAGAUUCUCGGAAGUUAUGCCCUGAGGCAAUAAUUUUUUUACGGACCCUGCUUAUGGCAGCCAGCCAAAGAUUGCCAGACUCUCAUCAAGAAUCUCAGUUUCAUCCCAUCAGAGAGUUGAAGGAAGUUAGGCCUCUUCUAAAUAUACGUGAUGAUGUGCCCGAGAUUAGCCCUCUUAAUUUCCUUUCAGUUAUGGAUAUGCCUGAAGAGUCGUCACUUUUUGCCUCAGACAAUUUCAGGGCACGUGUGCUGAUCAGUGUGAUAGAAAAUCUGAAGGGAUUUGUUGAAAUUUACGGAGGGCUCAGUUCUUUCCCUGAAACCUUCCUACCUAUUUCUACACUAUUGAUAGGGUUGGCAGAACAGGAAAACAUGCCACCUACAUUGCAGGAGAAAUUUAGAGAAGUUGCUCUCCUCAUCAAGCAGAAAGCCGAUGCACUCCAUCUCCUGCGUCAACCACUACAGAUGCGGAAGCAGAAGCCAAUCCCCAUCAAAUUACUUUCCCCAAAAUUUGAAGAGAACUAUGUGAAAGGUAGAGACUAUGACCCAGAUCGAGAGAGGGUAGAGAGGAAGAAGUUGAAGAAACAACUAAGAGAGGAAGCGAAAGGAGCGGCUCGUGAAUUGCGCAAGGACAACUAUUUCUUGCUGGAUGUGAAGGCACGAGAGAGGGCUCUGAGGGAGGAAGAAAAGAUGGAGGCACACGGUAAGGCAAAGGCGUUCCUUCAAGAACAGGAGAGUGCUUUCAAAUCUGGUCAGUUAGGAAAAGGCAGGAAGCGCAGACGAUGAGAAUUGGUGAGGAUCUUGAUACCCUACUUGAAACAUUUCUGCUGCUUUCUAGUUGUUAUGUAAUUCAAUUUCCCCUACAAGGCAGCUACUAGAGUCGUGUGAAACAUGAUAGGAAUCCAAAUUUUGGCCCCGUCUGUAGUAGUUUAUGCAGUUUAUUCUUUGUUCUGCACAGUGGAACCGAGAGAGCAGUAUGAUAUGAAUGUGAAAUGAGGCAAACUUUGGAAUGCAUAUUACUAUGGCAGCAUUUUGAGCAUCAUUUAGAACAGAACGAGGCAGCACUAGCAGAGGCCAAAUCGAUUACAGAUGGAAGUCAUAAAAGGGGAGGGCUCUCUUAUUCAGUACAACAAGAUCAACUUCUCAUCACCUUCUUCUCCAUCUACUUGUUGCGAAGAUCACGGAAGUACCCGGAAGGGUUCUUCUCGAAAUUAGCCCUGAACAUGCGGGAGUCUCUUCCUGGUGCUUUCAUGGUCUUGCCGCUGGAGCCUGAAAAGAGGGAAGCUAUCCCAUAAGCUACAGCUGCUACCCCGGCCACAGCACCAACCACCAGAGUUAUGAUGCUGGUAUCCUGAUCUUUUCCAGACAUCUUUGAUUCCUCGCAGCCGUGUUUGGUUUUCUGCAAGUGUUGGCUCUCUCACUCUCUUAUGAAAACUUAAUUAUCUGAUAGUCGUUGAAGGGAUCGUGGAAGUUUAGAGUGGGUUAGGUUGCUCUUUAUACUGCAACUUCAGCUGUGUUUCUGUAGUUAGUGGGUCCGCAAUUGCAUGGAAACUUCUUGGCCAAGUAGAUUCCUCUGUAAGUUCCCUGAAGAGCUUUUUGGAAAGUUGCUCCUAACUUUUCCAGAAACUUUGCCUCUUUGUUAUAAUUGUUUUUCUUCUUUGAUUUAAAUACAGCGACCAUAGAGGCAUAGACAGAGGUCAAUUAAUAAUAUUAUUUUCCCC